GUAGAGAGCACCAUCAUGGCUGGAAGAAGAACCAGAGGUAGGGAUGGGAAGGGCUAUGCCUUUACCCCUGAACCCUUUGAUGGACACAAUCUAAAUGUGGACCGAUGGCUGCACCAAUUCAAUGUCAUUAGUGACCUCAACAACUGGGAUGAUUCUACUCAGAUGAAGUUCCUGACUGAGUCUCUCAAAGGAGACGCCCUGGAUGUCUACACAGGACUUAGCCCAGAGGCCAAAGGUGACUGUGAGGCUGUGAAAGAUGCUCUUGCUGAUGCCUUCCGUUCUGACAGUGACCUUGAGCAUAGGCAAGCUCAUGGUCCCAAGGUGAUUGUAUUUGCCAACAGUAUGGGCAAGGGAUAUUACCUCAAAGGGAAAAUUGAGGGUAUUCCUGUGAGGUUCCUAGUGGACUCUGGAGCCCAGGUGUCAGUGGUCCAUCCAGACUUGUGGGAGCAGGCCACUGAUGGAGACUUGGACACCCUCAGACCCUUUGAAAAUGUGGUAAAAGUGGCCAAUGGGGCUGAGAUGAAGAUCUUGGGCAUCUGGGAUACCACCGUGACCCUGGGAAAGCUUGAAAUGGAGGCUGAAUUCUUGGUGGCCAAUGCAAGCACAGAAGAAGCCAUUAUCGGAACAGACGUACUCCAAGACCAUGGUGCCAUCUUGGACUUCAAGCACCGCACAUGUACCCUGAGAGGAAAGAAGUUCCGUCUUCUUCCUGUUGGAGGCUCCCUAGAAGAAGAGUUUGACCUGGAGCUCAUAGAAGAGAUCUCUGACAAUUGA